CGCUUACCCUUGCCCGAUGAAAGUGUCUUUUUCCAACUUUUACAGAGCUUUCUCAACAUUCCUCUCUCCCUUUCACUCUCGCCGCGUACCCAGCACUGAAUCCCUCUCUCAUUCUCUCUCUCUCUCUCACCUUUACACCCGGCUUCUUGUACUUUCCCUUACAUGUAGUUGCUCCGCAUAAUUCGCAGAUAGAAACCUUCCGAGUACCCCUUUCUUACCCUCUCCGCUCACCGUCUCUUCCUUGCUCUCCCUUACAUGCCGAUUCGUUUCUCCUCUUUCCACGUUAGAUUCCUUCUCUCUCAUAACCGCAGGUCUUUCGUGACUUGCGCAAGCUUGCGAUAGUAGACGACAGGGGCGCCACUGUACGGGCCAGAGGGGCCACCGGCUGCUGGCUGGCGCGUGGUCUCCGCUACAGCAUCCGCGAUCUUCUCCGCCUACGCGAGAGACCGGCCACCACCGCCAGUGCGCCCGCAAGCCCGCAAGUUCGCGCGACUCGACGCGCACCGUGUGCAACGCGCGCACGAGGCACGAUAAACGUAGAGAGCGUGCAGCGAGAGGUGGUUUGUAGGAAACCCCGUAACACGAGACAGGCCGCUUUUUACCCCCGAGUUACGCGGCGACUAAGGACAUAUUAAGAAAACGGGAGAACGCCUCAGAAAAACGAAAAAAAAAAAAUAAAUAAAUCAUUGAUAAAUAAAAAGAAAAAACUUGAAAAAAAUAUACAAAAAAUUGCGGAAAAAAUCAAGAAAAAAAAUCUGAAAAAAAUCUUUAAAAAACGAAAUAACAAGAAAAAUAUUGAAAAAAAGAAAAAAAAAAACAAAUGUAAAAAGUAUUGAGUGACAAACAAAAGUUUAAUCGUGAUAUAAAACGUGAACAGUUGCGCAACAGGAAGGGUUAGCGCCACACCGAAACAACUUACGGGAAAAACAGUGAUUUUUUGUUUUUUUAUUAUUAUCGAAACCGGUUGAUCGAGCAGCCAAACUACAAGGAUCCAUCGGAACGUCCUCCUCGUCGUCUUUCUCGUCCUCGUUCUCAUCUCAAAGACAGAGCGCGCGGCUAAGCUGAAAGGAUUGAAGAAUGAUACCCUAACGCAGCGUCAACUGCAGUGCGUGGAUAUAGUCAUCAAAAUAGAGGGCAGCGUCUUUUGCAUCAUCGCGACAACGUCCAGCAUGGAUAGAUUUUUUUCCAACUUCUAGAAAUAUUCAUUCGGCAAGUGACACCCAUUGAUCAAACCAUCCGGCAUCGUGAUGUGCGAAUUCCGGGGCUGCAACAGCUUCUCUUCUUUGCCCGCUACAUGCUCACUUCUCUCCACUCUUUCAUAUAUACGGAUAGAGUCGACGAAAUAAAAAUCGCGAAAAGGUGGCGAGGGGCAGCUAGCCCUUUGGUGAGCUCGAAGGAUGCAGCUCCCAGGCGGGGGCACGAGAAAACCACCAACGCGAGCUCCAGCAAGUACACUCGCGAUAAACAGCGGGAGCAAAAUCAAGAGCCAACAGAAUCAUCGUCGAGAGCAAUACACGCCGAGCGGGAGAAGCUGCCAUCGUGGCAGAAACGUCACGAGGCCUGACAGCAACAACUCCGGUAGUUCGACAGCACCUGGCCCUGACAACGACACAAUUCCUUUAAAGUAUCGCAGAAAGGACACAAGUUCGUACCAACGACAUCGAAUUAUCGCCGAGAGGGAGCAAAAGAAGUACCUAAAACAGGAUCUAAAGAUCUUGACGUCGUAUCCGCGACGAAAAGAGUGGGCCAAAGAAUAGUGAAAAAUAAAUUAGACGAGAAAGAGGAAGAGAAAGAAGGCGAGUAACGAGGAUUAAUAAGUAUUACACGGAGUAAGUAGGAAGAGGAAAGCAAAUUGUUGUGGGAGAAGAUAGCACGAGGAAAGAAAAGUGUUUCAAGACGAAAAAUAAAGAAUCGAUAGAUAUAAGCGGGGUAAGAAAGAAACGUGAGAAGAAGAAGAAGACGAAGAAGAAGAAGAAGCCGGGACCUUCGAGGGUAAAAACGGGCAAAAUAAGAAAAAAGCGAACAAAAAAAACCCGAAAAAAAGGAAAGAGUUAGGUGUAGCGCGUGAAGGAAGGAAAAGCAGAAAGGGUCGAGGGUGGCGGUGGAUGCUCCUACAGGAAGUCCGAGAGGAAGUGAGAAAAAAGCGUCAUCGGCGGUGAUUGUAUCGGCUGCUAGUCAGGCUCUCACCGGUGUAAAGUUCGCUGUAGUUGGAAUCGGCUGUGGCAGCGGGUGCCAACGAGAAGGCGGUAGGCGCGCGCGCGCGCCCGACCGCAUAGGGGGAAACGAAGAAAGAGAAGUAGGAGUCGGAGUAGACGACGUAACGGUGGAGGAGGCGCAGCGUCGUGAAAGUGGGGAUCGGUCGUGCGAAAACGAGAAGUGGGGACGUUAGUGAGAAGGAGUGAGUGAGAGUGAGAAAACGAGACGAAGAGACUAAGCCGGUGCUGGUAGAAGGCGAAUUGCGAGUCGGUCAGGGGUAGGGUAGCUGAGUCGUCAGGCUUGAAGAGAGUGAGGGAGAAAGAGAGAGAAAGAGAGAGAGAGAGAGACGAGUGUAGCACGACGAAGCGAAGAGCAAGCAGAGCCACGAGGCAAACUAUUCGAGCGCGAAGAGGAGGGGUGACAAGGAGCCCUGGCGGGGAGGGGACGCGGAGGCCUUCGGGGGGCCGACCAACCAGACGGCCGAUGAUGUCAUCGGAGGAGGAGACCGACUGUUUCGCCCUCUACGGAGCAACCACGGAUAGCAAGCAACAGCAACUCCUGAAGAAGCAGAAGCGCACCAGACAGCGCGUGGACGCCGGCGAGCCACGCAACAGCUACUCGAGCAUACCAAACUUUAGCUCCCGGCCAUCAUUUUUCGGUGGUGCACAAUACAGUUCUAUAUUCAGUGGUACCGGUCCACCGUCGAGUCAUCAGUCUUUACAGCAGCAACAACAAUCUCAACAUCAACAACAGCGCCAGCAACAGUCUGGCGCAGCUGUUGGAAUUCAAGGUCACCUCGGAGCAACGACGGGGCCAACGAGUCAGCAUUCUGCCCACGCGGCAUUCGACUUUUUUGGGGCUCCGGGCUUUGGCCCUGCCAAGAUGCUGAACGAGCCCCUUGGACGACAGGUUAAGCAGGCGAGUGACGCUGGAGGCUCACCGCCCGAAGGAAGCCAAGGAAUGACAGGAGCAGGCAUGGAUCAGGCGGCGAAUCUUCAGCCGGGGGUCGUUAUUAAUUGUGACGAUCCGGCGAUCGCUGGUGAACUCACUCAACACAUGCUGCGUGAUAUACUUCAGAGGCGAAAAAUGUCCGCCCUCUCGAGUCAAGAACAACCCAACAAUAAUAACAGUAUACAUAGUAACAACAAUAACAACAACAACAAUACGACUACGGAAUUGUUAAAGUCGCAGCAACAUCGCCAGCAGAGUCCUCAGCAGCAUCAUCAAAAUAGUGAUAGUGCGCGAGCGAUCAGUGGGACAGUGCAGAGUGGAGGGGAAGAAAGUGUUGACGGGAAUAACGUAAUCGCGAAUCAUAGUGAACGUGAUACGGUGAUGCCUGGCGACGCUGAAGAUAGUGCUGAAGAUGCGGCUUCGGCUGCGCGUGCGAUGGAAGAAGCUUUCGCGGAAGCCGGUAUGGAGCCUGGGGCUAAUCUCGAAGGUUCGGAUUGUGAACAAAGUUUACCACCGAGUCCAUCGGCGCCGAGAUCCGGUUCGGUUUCCGUUAAAGAGGAACUCGAAGAUUCGAUGAACAUCAAAAGAAGCCCGAGUCAUUCACCCUGUCCAAUAUUGCCCAAGGCUGAGACGACUUCGCCUACUUCAGACGUCAAACGUGCCCGAGUGGAAAAUAUUGUGAGUACCAUGCGCAGUGUCAAUAGUCCUGCCUGUAAUCCUAUCACCGUCAAUGGUUGCAAAAAACGGAAGCUUUACCAACCCCAGCAACAGACGCCGCAUCACGUGCUUCAGCAGGAUAUUAACGAUACGAUGCUAGACGACGAAGAGGAGAGCGAGGAGGAGACCGAUCCAGCCACGAUAAGACGAAAACGUGAAGAAAAAGAUAAUUUGCAAAAUCAAUUGAAAUCAUUGAGAGGGGAACUCGAAGCAAUGAAACGUCAGUACAAUGAACUCACAAUACGAGGGAUUAUGUUGCCUGAAAAUAGUGAUAGUGGUGACGCUCCUACGAGUCCUCAGCACCAUCCUCACCCUCAACUACCACCUCGACCAUCAAGACCUCAUCCGCCACCCUACAAUGGUCUCCCACCACUGCCACCCGAUCACCCGCAUGCGGCUGCAGCAGCGAUGUACCAAAUGGGACAGAAGCUAUACAUAGAGCAGGCCCACGCCGAAAGCAUGAAACAACAUCAAGAAGCCGCGGUUAGACAUCAACAGGUAGCAGCAGUGCAACAACAACAACAACAACAACAACAACAACAGCAACAACAACAGCAUCAACAGCAACAUCAACAACAACAACAACAACAACAGCAACAGCAACAUCAACAAGCGGCCGCGCAGCAACAACAAAAGCAACAACAGCAGGCGCAACAGGCUGCUGCGCAACAGCAGCAACACCAGCAACGUCAACAAUCACCUCAGCCAUCGAGUCAUAUUAAUACCGGGCCACCAACGCCGCAAACACCAGUUAUGCCACCUAGUGGUAUCGUGCAUCCACAUAAGGACUUCCAGGAAAGGUUAAAUGUGUUCAGAAGUGCUGCCAGUAGGGGGCCAACGGGAUCCUCUGGUUCUCAUAUACCAUGUGCUGAUCUUGAGGGUUUCGCAGAUAUUCUCAAAUCAGAAAUCGCGACAUCAUUGGCCAAUUUAGUAGAUGAGAUUGUUUCGAGAUACGUACAGCCUCGAAGGAUUCUUAGUAAGCAGAGUGGCGAUGUCGCACAAGCUGCUGCUGAUCAAUUCAACAAGGAUCUUAUACUCGCGAGCCAAUUGCUCGAGAGAAAAUCACCGCGAACGAAAGUUGUUGACAGGGGAGCACCACAAACUACCGGUGGCCCAAACGGACAACGGGGGCCCCUCAACGGUGGGCCCCCGGCUCAAACCGCGGGUUUUCCGCAAAUCGGUACCAUGAGUGGGCCUCAUCGCCAGCUAUCUGGCCCAACGGAAAAUAAUCUUAAUCAGAUCAAUCAAUUACCACCUCAUGCAAGGUCGAGCGCCGGAAUGUUUCAAACACCCAAACCACCGACGAUAUACGGAAUGGCUUCUAUGCAGGCGCAACAACAACAGCAACAGCAACAAGUCCAACAACGGGAGCAUCAACAGCGGGAACAACAGCAGCGAGAUUACUGCGCUCUCAGAGGUGACGAUAGAGAAGUCAGAGAAGCUGAACAGAACGAAGCCCUUUCUCUCGUGAUAACACCAAAGAAGAGACGUCAUAAGGUUACCGACACGAGGAUUACACCCAGAACUGUCUCGAGAAUCUUGGCGCAAGAGGGCAAUGGUUCACAGGGCGGUAGCGACAGUCCGCCACCACCACCACCACCACCGAGACCGUACCACGCACCACCCUCGAUGUUACCGGUCUCUUUACCAACGAGUGUGGCGAUACCGAAUCCGAGUCUGCACGAGAGUCAAGUAUUCUCGCCGUACUCGCCGUUCUUCAAUCCUCACGCGGGGCAUUCGGGUCAGGUACCAUCGUCAGGACCUCACCAUCUUCCAGCGAGUCCGCCCGGUGGAGGAGUCGAGUUGCGUGACUCGCCACCACUACCUCACCCACCCUCGAUGCUUCAUCCAGCAUUACUUGCGGUCGCUCAACAUGGCAGUCCCGAUUAUGGACAUUUGAGGAUGGAUAGCAACGACAGAAAUAGCGAUUGCAACUCGGCCGAAAUCAGCUAUGAUGGAAUUCAACCUACAUCGGCGACGUUGACGCCCAUGCAUCUGAGGAAAGCGAAGCUCAUGUUCUUCUGGGUGAGGUAUCCAUCCUCGACCGUCCUCAAGAUGUACUUUCCAGACAUUAAAUUCAACAAGAACAACACGGCGCAGCUGGUCAAAUGGUUCUCCAACUUUAGAGAGUUUUAUUACAUUCAAAUGGAGAAAUACGCGAGACAAGCGGUGUCGGAAGGCGUCAAAAAUGCCGACGACUUGCAGGUCGGAGGUGACUCGGAAAUUUACCGAGUUCUCAAUCUUCACUACAACCGCAACAACCACAUUGAGGUAUGGGGUCCUCAGGUGCCCGGGAACUUCAGGUACGUGGUGGAACAGACGCUAAAGGAGUUCUACAAGGCGAUACAGGGUGGCAAGGACACGGAGCAGUCGUGGAAGAAGUCGAUCUACAAGGUGAUCUCGAGGCUGGACGAUUCGGUGCCGGAUUACUUCAAGAGCCCGAAUUUCCUUGAGCAACUAGAGUGAACCAACAGUCAGGCGCUGCGCUGCUGCUCCGCGUGGUAGCCCGGUUUGAAAGACAAAAGCAACAAUGAAACAUAAUGAAGCUGAACAGACGGAAGAAAACUAUGAAAAGUCCACGAUGAAAGUGUGAAAGAUGGAUGAAUAUUUAAACGAGGAGGAAUAUACGUGGCUUAAACCUUUUUUGUACCGAAGACUGUCCCCGUGACGUGUGUCAAAUUGACUAUGAAAACAGAGCAAAAAGCAACAGCAUGAGGAAACGCCCUCGUUGAUGUUAAUCGUAAAGGGGUUUCAGAGUUUUCACGACGUCAGGCAGUCCGGUACUCCCAGUAACAUAUCGAAGUAACGAGACGAAAGAGUUAUCAGUUUCGGCGGAACGGGAAGGAGAUUAGCUGAUUAAAUGAUCAGAACGUCCGGGUGACGUCCAAAUUAUAAUUCGAGUAACGAAGAGGAUCGAAUGAACGAGGUUACGUCGUAACGAGAACGAGAAGAAGACGAGAGAUGGAACGAAGAAUCUGCAGGACAACGGCGCCUCAACGUCAUCGGCGUAUCCCCGAACAAGAGGAGACGACGCAGCGAUGAGACUCCGACAGCACGAUGCAGCAAUAUUAAAUAAUCCGUGACAGGAUCUUUUCUCUUCCGCAACUCUAACUGAGAUUGCACCGAAUUUGGUCGUUCGAGCGACGAGAAGCCUCUCAUUCCGCUGGAUCAAUUCAACGAGUGGCACCGAGUCAGCGACUAAAAUAUGUCUAUAUAUUUAUAUAUAUGCAUAAAUCAAAACAUAUAUAUAUAUAUAUAAAUAUAUAUAUGAGCACAUAUAUGCAUAAAUUUGUACAUGAAUUAAUAAUUCGUCAGUGACGAAUAUUCAUUGCGCUCGAUCGAAUAUUAAACGAGCGACGAAAUCAUCGACCAGCGUCCAACAAAGGUUCGUUCCACCUCUGAUAAAAGUUGAACGGGAAUUAAUAUUAAUUGCGACGUAUAUUUACGUUUUAGAACACAUUAAGGGUAUCAUUCGCGCGAAAGAGAAUACAAAACGCGGCUUGCCCGAUAAACGAAACCAAAAUACAUUUAAGAAAUAAAACGUUUUUAAACAAUUACAACUUAUGAAUCGAAUCGAGAUGACGAUGAGAGAUUAAAAAAAAAAACGAAAAAAAAAACAAAAAAAAAAAACAAAGUGGGAAUAUGAAAAUCGUGCAAAUCGUAUAUACUUAGAAUUAACGAAAGUAGAAAAAUCGAACUCCGUAUAAAUCGUCCGCGUUUGUUCUUUCGUUAUUUUUGUUCUUAUUCAUUUCGCGAACAUGUGUAUCAUUGAAAGUUCUCUUGGACGUUAAGUUUUUGAACUUUGCAUUAUAUCCCAAAGAUCAUUCCAAAUGUGAAUCGUUGAUUAAAUCCCUCCGCUACACACGCAGUUACAUUGAAAUUUCCUGUGGCGGCAACGAGACUCAAAAUUAGUACGAUCGGCGGUUUCGAACGUGUCCGAGUAGUGGAAAUUCUUCAACAUUUCUCAUCAGCACCGAUCUGUCGUUUCCCUUGAAGCAUCGAGCGGAUCGGCGAUUGGAUCGGCGCAAGCGACGCGGAACUAAUCGACCGAAUUGACGCUUCGUUUCGCGUCGUUUGUGACGUUUUUCAAUAAGACGCGUUCGCAAAUGACACUGAAAACCGGUCGCACUGAUUUUCGAGUAUCAAAAUAGUCGUGAAAUCGACUGUGCCGCAACUGAGGAGAGGAGGAUCUUUCACGAGAUACAAAACACGUUAAGUUUCAAGUUGCUUAUAGAAACAAAUGGAAAGAAAAAAAGCACCGUUCCUGUAUACGCGCGCACACUAAUUUGUGAUCAACGCGUGCAUAUUGGAACAGCGUCGAGGCAGCAAAUCUUUAAAGAGAUUAAUUAAUUUUGCCGAGGAGGGAAGACGUUAAGGACUGAUGGGAGGACGAAGAUAGUUGAGAUAAAAUCUUGUCUUACUUUUUUUUUUCUCUUUUUCUUUUCGAACCAUUGAUCAAAGCAAAAUUGAAAAAUAUUGAGGAGCGAGUAGCUGGCGAACGUGGGAAUAUGAGGAAGAAAGCGCGGGGAGCCUAUUUUCGCGAUGUCAUUUCGAUCGUCUUCGGAUGCAAGAGCAAUCGAGAUGAAUCCCACGAAAUUUCACUCGUUUCUGCUGAUACGCCCCCGUUCCGCAAGCUCUUAGGGAUCUUGAAAAAUUAAACAUACCUUACUUCCUUUUUUUUUCAACGAUAAAAAGCUGAAACUUUAUAGAAAAAAAACCCGUGGUGGAUCGACCAAGAGGACAUGCAAAGCAGAGCGUCCCAUGCUCGAUCAAUGAUGAACAAAUAAUUAAGCGAAAAACAAAAAAACAAACGAAGAAAUGAAAGACAACAUUUUAUAUCGGUAAACGUCGUAGCUCGUAGGUGGUUAAUCUUAUUCGAGAUUAGAGACACUAGUCGCAGUUUAAAAUGGGGCGGAAGACCUAAGAGUCCAGAUUUUAAGAAACAAUGAAUCGAGACUAAACAUUUUAUGACGAAAGGUAGGAGGGGGGGGGGGGGGAGGGAGGGAGUGAAAAACGUAAUAAGUAGGAAAAAAGAAAAGCAAUGGCACAGGGUGUCUGCAUUCCGGUGGCGUCCAUGGAGAGACUAAAUCCAACAAGGAAAAAUAAUCCCAUUUUAUCCCGCACAAUUGCGGUCACCUAACCCGUUACAUUGGAAUAAACGAAAGGUUUAAAGGAAACAAAUAUAUGUAUAUGUAUAUACGUACAAAAUGAAAUAUAUAUAUAUACAAAUAUGUAAAAUGCUUUCGAAAAAAAAAAAAAAAGAAAAGAAGGAAUUGGUUGCGACAGAUUGACUAAGCAAAUACAAUCGUAUCGUUCGUUAUUAAACGUUUUUCGUUUUUAAUGAAAUUUCGCAACUUCACUACAAAUCUUUAUCGAGAUUUUGUCGUUUGAAAUUUCAAGUUUCACACCGUUUAACGAAAGUGACAACUGAAUCCCUGUAGAUAUCAACAAACAAAUAAAUACCCGGAUCUUAUGAUUAUUAAUUAAUAUUCAUUUAUUCUUAUACAUUUAAAUACGAGUACCGUAUACCCUGUAUCGUUGUACGAUUAUUUUUAUGAAUAUUAUUAUUAUUAAUUAUUAAUUAUUAAUUAUGGCUAUUACUAUUAUUAUUAUUACUAUAAAUAAUUUUGUUUUAUUUUUAAUACUUACAAUUACUAAUGUUAGUCCUCUGCGUUUAUAUUUAUCAUAUAAUAAUAUCCUUAUUUGUCAUUAUUUUCACUAUAUAUUCGCGCAUUUAGUUAAUUUGAAUGAACGCACGAACAAGUAUUUCUUAUAUAAUUUUUAGUCUCACGCAAAUGCCUCGUUUCUCUGCCUUGCCCCGAUGAAAGAAAAAAAAAUCAUCACACAGUCCCCUCAAAUUGAAAGUCCCUCCUUUAAAUAAAUCCUUGAAAGAACAAAAAAAAUGAAGAGCAUGGAUAAAUCACCCGUCAUUACGUCCUAUUCUCAACGCUGCGCCUGUAAACUAUUAAUUCAAUUGAUUUAACACAAAUGAUUAUGACGAUUAUACUCUGUCAUUACGACGUUUUAUAAAUCUCAAAUGCUUACCAGUACACGAAAAACACACACGUAUAUAGAUUUUUUGUUCGCAAGCGGUGAGUCUUAACCUAGUCACAAGUCACUAUUUUUUAAUUGUCAAUUGAAUUAUUGAUUAUUUUAUUUAUUAUUCACACCAAUAAAUGAGAAAAUAUAGAAUUAUC